CUGUAAACCUCAACAAAUCUGCUAUCUUCUUUAGCAGGAAUACUCCUGAGCCCUUGAAAUUGGCAAUCUGUGAUGCUCUCAAUGGUAUUGUCUGUCACAAAUCAAGCAGGUACCUUGGUUUACCCCUUGGAAUUGGCAAAUCAAAAAAAGAA